AUGAUCCCAACUCGUACCUCGUCAAUCUCCAUCCGUUCCCCCUCAGUCGCAACCGAGCGACAGGGUUGGAGGAGAACCUCAGGCCUAUCUGUUUCCUCUCCCGCCGCCGAGUCGCAUAGACCACCCGCCAACGACAAUGGCCAACCACCCCUGAUAACAGAAGAAAUCGACGAAAUCAAGCGCUACGAAGACUUUACGACGAUCGACUGGGUUCAAGAUGCAGUGCACGAGCAGGCGCGGAGACGAGCGAAACGUCGAGAAGGCUUCGGGUUCUGGGAACAUGAGGGUGCCUUUGGAUGGAGACGGAAAGUGAGCGAGUCGUACGAUGCUGGACAGGCGUGGCUUGUUGUUACGAUUGUGGGCGCGGCGAUUGGCUUGAAUUCGGCGCUAUUGAAUAUUAUUACGGAGUGGUUGUCGGAUGUUAAGCUGGGGUAUUGUACUACUGGGUUCUACCUGAAUGAGCAGUUCUGUUGCUGGGGCGCUGAGGGUGGUUGUCCUGAGUGGAAAAACUGGACGCCAUUUUGGUUUUUGAAUUAUAUCAUAUAUUUCUUCUUUGCGAUCCUCUUUGCCCUCAUUUCCGCAACCUUGGUCAAGUCGUUCGCACCAUACGCCGCAGGCUCCGGUAUAUCAGAGAUAAAAUGUAUCAUUGCCGGCUUCGUCAUGAAGGGCUUUCUGGGCGCGUGGACGUUGCUAAUCAAGUCUAUCGGGUUGCCAUUGGCUAUUGCCUCUGGUCUUUCGGUGGGUAAAGAAGGACCAAGUGUGCAUUUUGCCGUUUGCACGGGGAAUAUCAUCUCGCGCUUCUUCAGCAAGUAUAGGCAGAAUGCCUCCAAGACCCGGGAGAUCUUGACGGCGACGGCUGCCGCUGGUGUAGCGGUGGCUUUUGGUAGUCCGAUUGGAGGUGUCUUAUUCUCACUAGAGGAAAUGGCGUCGUAUUUCCCUCUUAAGACCCUCUGGCGGAGCUACUUUUGCGCCUUGGUUGCGACCAGUGUACUGGCCGCAAUGAACCCUUUCCGAACCGGACAAUUGGUCAUGUUCCAGGUCCAGUAUGACCGCACAUGGCACUUUUUCGAACUGAUAUUCUUCGUCUGCCUUGGCGUGUUUGGUGGGCUAUACGGAGCAUUUGUGAUCAAGUGGAACCUCCGAGUCCAGGCAUUCAGGAAGAAGUACUUGUCGCAAUAUCCCAUCACGGAGUCUGUGGUCCUGGCUGGUAUAACCGCUAUUCUCUGCUUCCCGAACAUGUUCUUGAAAAUCAACAUGACGGAAAUGAUGGAAAUUCUGUUCCGGGAAUGUGAAGGAGCCCAUGACUACAAUGGUCUUUGCGAUGCUAAGAACAGAUGGGGAAUGGUCCUUUCAUUGUCCAUUGCGACUCUCCUUCGCAUUUUCUUGGUUAUCAUAUCCUACGGCUGCAAGGUACCCGCGGGUAUCUUCGUGCCGUCGAUGGCCAUCGGUGCAUCGUUUGGUCGUCUAGUGGGAAUCCUCGUCCAAGCUCUCCACGAGUCUUUCCCGGAUUCCUCCUUUUUCGCAAACUGCGAGCCUGAUGUUCCCUGUAUUACGCCGGGAACAUACGCUUUCCUGGGUGCAGCUGCAGCUCUGAGUGGUAUCAUGCAUUUGACUAUUUCCGUAACCGUCAUCAUGUUCGAACUAACCGGAGCACUGACCUACAUCCUUCCCACUAUGAUCGUUGUCGGCGUAACCAAAGCCGUAAGCGACCGCUUCGGCAACGGCGGCAUAGCAGACCGCAUGAUCUGGUCAAACGGCUUCCCCUUCCUCGACAACAAAGAAGACCACGUCUUCAACGUCCCCGUCUCCCACGCCAUGACUGGCGACCCCGUCGCCCUCCCGGCCUCGGGCUUCCCCGUCCGCGAAGCAGAGCGUCUCCUGGGCGAUAACAAAUUCCAAGGAUUCCCGAUCGUUGAGGACCGCACGAAUAAGAUCCUCGUUGGAUAUAUCGGACGCAUGGAGCUGCGAUAUGCUACUGACCGUGCGCGGAACGAGGGUAUUCUCGCACCGAACGCGCAGUGCGUGUUUACUAAGGAAGCUGCGGAAGCGAUGGUAGCACGCAGGGCAUCCGUAUCAUCGAGAAACAUCGAUACCUUCGACGGCAUCCAAUCAAGUGUGGGCGCGAACCACGUCGACUUUAGCCGGUAUGUCGACCACACGCCGCUUACCGUCCACCCGCGUCUCCCUCUCGAAACCGUCAUGGAAAUCUUCAAGAAAAUGGGCCCCCGUGUCAUCCUCGUCGAGCACCGCGGCCGCCUCAUGGGUCUGGUAACCGUCAAGGACUGCCUGAAAUACCAAUUCAAGGUAGAAGCGGAGGAACAUGCGCUCGCAGCGACGAAUGGGCCUGAUAUGUAUGGGGAUAACAGCCUUGGAAAUGGAAAUGGGCGCAAUCCAGAAGCCCCUUCGCUGGAGGAUAAGGUGUGGAGUUUUAUGCAAAGAAUACGGGGGAAGUUACCCUGGUGGCAGACAGCGCCUGCGACUGCGCGUGCUCGACCGAGUGCGGAUGGGUUUGAGCCCCAGGAGACCAGUCGUAUAUUGGAGGGGACGGAGGACGACGAGGGACUUGUUGAGUUGGAGGAGAGACGAUAA